UAUAGUUUUCAGGAAGAGCUGCAGACAAGCUUUAACGUUGCAAACACCAAAGCUUGCAAGGAUGGCAGGAAAUCCGGUUGACCCGCUGCAGACACUUUCUGCAGCGUUAGCAGUACCGGCAGACUCUAAAGAACAAGCAGAUAUACUUGCUACUUUACGUGAAUCCCUUGAAGCGCACCCAAAUCCCAUUACCCAUCCUCUUGCCGGUGAUUCUCUCCUCAAGAGAUGGGUUCUUGAUCUCCUCCAUUUUGCUAUCUCUCGCUCUAAUCUGUCCAACGAAGUUCGCACACAACUAUCUGUUGCCGGAGUCAACAAAAAGUCUGAUAUCACCUCGUGUGACAGGUGUACAAACCGUACCCUACGCCAACAAUGGGAUGUACUAUCACAGUGCAAAGCGCGUAUCCUAGAGUUUAUUUGGUCGCCAACCGCCAGUACCGGUGUGAAGGUCUCUGCCGUUAAGUUCAUGCAGCGUGUCAUUAUCGUCCAGACGCGCGGUAUAUCGGACCCUAGGCUUCAGAACAAGAAUGAUCCCAACAUUUCAAAUGUCCCUGUCGAUCACCCCUUCCUUCCAGGUCCUACCUUAGAAGCGGAAGGCAUGAAACUUCUUGAGAGCGUGAUCACUAUGUUGUAUACCAGCCAGAACCCUGAGCUUUUGAGCGCGAUACUUCACUCCUGGAGCAAUUUAGUCAAACAAAGGCCCGCCCUGGUACAACUAGUCGUUUCGUCGCUCUCUUCCUGGACUCCUGCCGCUCUGUCCGGACUCCCAGCACAAUCUGUCAAAAGCGUCGAAAAGGCUGUUCGCAUAUUGCUCAUCCAUAUCUCGAGAGGACCCCAUGGUUCUUCCUUUGGAGCUCAAAUCAAUGAGGCGCUCUCCCUACAAGUUGCCCGCAUGGAAAGAGCCUCCACAGAGGAAAAGGCACGAAAGAAACGACCUUCCUCCACACCAGCAGAGCAUCCAUCUGAUGCUAAGCCAUUUACAGAGCCAGCCCUACUGGAGUUGGUACAGACCUACAGACAAAGCAGAGGCCUGGCUCCUGGCCCUCCUGUCUCUAGCACUCCGCAACCCGCCCCGCCCACACCGGAAGCGACGCCCACUCCCGGGCCUUCUGCGGAACCUACUGUGAAAGAUGAGCCAGUAGACCCACUUCAAAUGGACAUGGAUGAGGAGGAAAUGGAAUACGAGCCUGAUAGGCUCAAUAUGGAGCUUUCGGGGGACGAGACCGUUGCGGAGGAAGAAACAAUUCCGGCGGAUCUCCCGGAAGCGCUCACCAUCGACCUUACCGAUUCUACACUACUCGGACCAAAGGAAUUGACUGACAUCGAACGAAACGCUUUGAUGCGUGGAUCGGUUGGCCGAAUAUGGGAUGGUGCGGAGGAGCUCAAGGUUGAUUCUGCCGUAACUUCGCAAUGGCCUGGUACCUCUCCUACGGAUAUGUGGAUGUUACUUAUUGUUCGAAUGGUCACACGAGUGGCACAUCUUGAUGGCGACCCAUCAUCAGCGUCAGAAGAUGGAGGGGACGGCGAGACAAAAGUUGACUUCUAUUCGCGGCAAGAUAAUUUACGACAAACGUUAUGCGAUUACAUUAUGGCUGAUUUCCCUUCACGGCUCCGUCUUGUCACGACGUGGAUGAAUGAAGAGUGGUACAACGAUCGUAUUAGAAUGACGGAUGACCCUCACUGGCGACCAAACUAUGAAUUGUGGCUCAAUCAAGUAGUUUCCACAUAUCAGACCGUUUUGGAAGGCAAGCCUGAGGGUAAGCCCGAUGGCAGGGACAAAGCUUUUGCACGGUUCCUACUAGAUUUGCCCUCCGUGCCCCCUGAUGUCCUCGGUCUGUUACGCGAUCUCUCCGUCGACCCUGACAAGAUGCAUGUUGGGUUUACCAGUCUUCGGGAGUUUGUUUUAGAGCGUCCAUCACUCCGAGCAGAAGCCCUCCAGGUCCUUCUGGAGUUGACUACUCAUCCAGAUCCUGUGACCAGGCGAGCAGCAAUUAAUACCGUGCGAAGAUGGGUUCCUGGUAUUGAACCCAUGGAUAGCAUGAUACGUGACUUCGCUCUUCAAAUACUGCGCCGCUUGCAAAAGCGUCCACCAAAAGAGGCGCCAAGGGUCAUCGAUGAACAAGCCGGCGCAGGCGACGAAAAUAUGGAAGAUGGUCAACUUCCCUCCGAGGACCUUCUGCAGACGCCGUAUCUACAAGAAGAGAUAGAAUUACCUGCCCGGAAGGCUCACGUGCUGCAACACGUUGAACUCCUAUUUGCUCUAUCUGUCAAGAUCCCUGAGUUCUUGGAUGAGAUCUUCACGGCGUAUGGCCAAAUGGAAUUAACAGUUCAAGAAGCCAUUCAAGACUUGAUCACUGCUCUGAUCAAAUCUUUGGGUUCAAGUAAUGGCAAAUUGUUAACCCUCAUGCGCACAUGCCCGCCGGGGAGUGAAUCUCUUGCCCUACGUGUGCUAACGAUCUUUACAGAGCAUGGGAGACCGAGCGCGCAACUCGUAGCGCUGGUGAAGGGUCUCAUUAGUGACCGUGAUCUCGAUGCUCGCUUCCUGAUUCCAAUCAUCGCAGAGAUGGACAAGCCGGACAUCCUGAAAUACCUGCCCCGAAUUGUCUCCAUCCUGAACGGUCAGCAAGAGCCAAAAAAUCUGGUUCGAUCUGUAUUCAGCUCUGUUGUCACGACGCCUCCACAAACUUUCGGGAGCGUGUCAUCAAAUUUGCCUCGUGUAAGGCAAAGUGAGCUGCUGACGCCAGCUGAGUUGAUGGUGUUACUCCAUGAAGCUGAGAAGGAGAUUGGUCUCAAGAGUGCGAUCGAAGCAAUUGGUGUCUGCUUCUCAAUGACUGAUGUCUUCCGCUCCGAAAUUCUAGCGGUGGUUAUGCAACAGAUUGUGGAUGAACCUGUGCUCCCCGUUCUUUUCCUUCGUACGGUCAUCCAGGCUGUCACGACGUAUAGAACAUUGGUUGGCUUCGUGUCUACCACCUUACUGUCUCGCCUGAUCACAAAAAAAAUUUGGCAAAAUCCUCAUCUGUGGGAAGGCUUUAUACGAUGUGCCAAGGUUAUUGCGCCGGCAAGCUUUGGUGCAUUGUUGCAACUACCCAAAGAGCAGCUUCGCGAACUUGUCGACAAGCAACCGAGUCUAAAAUCUGGCCUGCGAGAGUAUGUCACCAAAAGGGCUGGAAACAAGGCGCGAGUGGCUGGUUUCUUGGAUAUAUUUGGUGAGGAUGAUGAUGCAUCUCCUGUUGCCCCAGCGACUCCGGAUGUAGUCAUGUCUUCGGUUCCUGCAUAGAAUGUCGAGCGCUCGAAUAUUCUCUAAGUAUUCCACUAUUUCAUUGUAAUUGUUACGCGUCGGACGUAAAGUGGCUUAUCCCCGUGUAUAUUCGGAAGACGGAGUAUUAAUUACAAUCCGCUCUCCCAGAGCUUAUCGUCAUAAU